AUGGCUUCCGAACUCAGCAAGAAGCGCAAGCUCAAGGACACCAAGAUUGCGACCGAAGAUGGUGCCGCCACCACCACCACCGAGAAGAAGACCAAGAAGGUGAAGAAGGAGAAGAAGGAAAAGAAGGAGAAGGCCGCCGAAGAGGUUGUCGAGGAGCAGCCCGUCGAGGAGACCACCCCUGACGAAGAAGAGAAGGAGGAUCAACAAAAUGGCGACGAGGCUAUCCCCACCGGCAACGAGGACAAGCAGGACAGCGACGACAAGGACGACGCUGAGGCCGGCCCCGAACUCACAAAGACUAACGACUCCCUCAUCGCCCCCUCCAUCGCGACCAACGCCACCGACUUCUCCGAGCUCAACCUGUCCGAAAAGACCAUGAAGGCCAUUGCCGAGAUGGGCUUCACCAAGAUGACCGAGAUCCAGAGGAGAGGUAUCCCCCCUCUGCUCGCCGGCAAGGACGUCCUCGGCGCGGCCAAGACCGGUUCCGGCAAGACCCUCGCCUUCCUGAUCCCCGCUAUCGAGAUGCUCAGCUCCCUGCGCUUCAAGCCGAGAAACGGCACCGGCGCCAUCGUCGUCACCCCCACCCGCGAAUUGGCCCUCCAGAUCUUCGGCGUCGCCCGCGAGCUCAUGAAGAACCACUCCCAAACAUACGGCGUCGUCAUCGGCGGUGCCAACCGUCGCGCCGAGGCCGAGAAGCUGGGCAAGGGCGUCAACCUGCUCAUCGCCACCCCCGGUCGCUUGCUCGAUCAUCUGCAAAACACCCCCUUCGUCUUCAAGAACAUGCGCUCGCUCAUCAUCGACGAGGCCGACCGCAUUCUCGAGAUCGGUUUCGAGGACGAGAUGCGCCAGAUCAUCAAGAUCCUGCCCAAGGAGGACCGUCAGACCAUGCUCUUCUCCGCCACACAAACCACCAAAGUCGAGGAUCUCGCGCGUAUCUCGCUCCGUCCCGGUCCCUUGUACGUGAACGUCGACGAGGAGAAGCAGUUCAGCACAGUCGAGGGUUUGGAUCAAGGCUACGUCGUAGUCGACGCCGACAAGCGUUUCCUUCUCCUCUUCUCCUUCCUCAAGAAGAUGCAGAAGAAGAAGGUCAUCGUCUUCUUCUCCUCCUGCAACUCCGUCAAGUACUACUCCGAGCUCCUCCAGUACAUCGACCUCCAGGUUCUCGAUCUCCACGGCAAGCAGAAGCAGCAGAAGCGCACCAACACCUUCUUCGAGUUCUGCAACGCCACCCAGGGCACCCUCAUCUGCACGGACGUUGCGGCUCGUGGUCUCGACAUCCCCGCUGUCGACUGGAUCGUCCAGUUCGACCCUCCCGAUGAUCCCCGCGACUACAUCCACCGCGUCGGUCGUACCGCGCGUGGUAACAACACCAAGGGCCGCUCGCUGCUGUUCCUCCAGCCUAACGAGUUGGGUUUCCUCGCCCAUCUCAAGGCCGCCAAGGUUCCUGUGGUGGAAUACGACUUCCCCAAGAGCAAGAUCUUGAAUGUCCAGAGCCAGCUGGAGAAGCUGAUUGGCCAGAACUAUUACCUUAAUCAGUCCGCUAAGGACGGGUAUAGGUCGUAUCUUCAUGCGUAUGCUUCGCACAGCUUGCGGUCCGUGUUUGAUAUCCAUAAGCUUGACUUGGUCAAGGUUGCCAAGUCCUUUGGCUUCUCCACUCCUCCCAGGGUAGACAUCACCCUCGCCUCCAGCAUGUCGCGCGACAAGAAGCAGCCCCAGAGCAGGAGAGCGUAUGGUAGCCAGCCGAAGCAGAACCGUCAUUAA